CGUCCUGACGCUUUUCCACGUCGCAGCUCUGCCUCAUAGGCGAACCAGCUGCGUGUGUAUGCGUGUCUCCAGCUAGGCCAGAGAGUGAUGGCGGCGCCCGUCUUGAGAGUGUCCACCCCUCGGUGGGAGAGAAUAGCCCGGCUCCUCGUCUGCCUGCUGGGCAUUCUCCUUUCUCUGUAUGCGUUUCACGUCGAGAGGGAAAAAGCCCGGGACCCGACUUAUGAGGCCAUGUGCGACGUCAGCAGCUCCAUCAGCUGCUCGAAAGUGUUCAGCUCCAGGUGGGGUCGAGGAUUUGGACUCCUGGGCUCAAUUUUUGGGAACGAUAGUGCGCUGAACCAACCCAACAGUGUCUACGGGAUACUCUUUUAUGCCUUUCAGCUCUUGCUAGGAAUGACCGUCAGCGCAAUGGCCGCCCUUUUCCUCAUGACGACGUCCAUCUUGUCGGUGGUGGGUUCGCUCUACCUGGGCUACAUUCUCUACUUUGUCCUAAAGGACUUCUGCGUCAUCUGCAUCACAACGUACGCGCUGAACUUCAUUCUGUUUAUCCUCAACUACAAGCGACUGGUUUACUUGAAUGAGGCCUGGAAGCAGCAGCUUCAGGUCAAACAGGACUGAGCUGCCGAGAAGGGGGCACGACUCCAAAGUCAAAAAGAAAAGCAACCUGAUAACAAAAUAUUAAAUUUAAAAAAAAAAAAAAAAAAAAGGAAAAAGUAACGCAACCUCUGAACAUUAGACUUGCCACCAGGAGACCUUGCUUCCAAACAAUGUUUAUUCUGCUGUGUGUUUAAAAAAAAAAAAAAAUGAAGAAAUUUAACUUAAAUGUUGGGCCUGACAUCUCAAUAUUGAUUGCAAACUCUGAAGGAUUUGUAAGUGGAAGAUGGCUUUUGUUCCAUUUGAUCUCCCCUCCCCUCCAUUUGACCUCUCACUUAUGGGCUCGGCUGCCUGCGUGUGUGUGUGGGGCGGGCGGAAAACACGACGCUGCUGAGGUGGAAGUACCCACACAAGACGCACUGAUGGAGGACAGCUCUGGUCUGAACAACAACAAAGAAAAAAAUAAACGGAUUACAGACUGGAAGAAGAAGAGAUGGGACAUUAAACGGUGAAAUUGACAGCGAUCAUCUGUACUCAGAGCUGAGCAAAAGUCCCAAAGUCAAAACAAAACGGCCAUUUGGUUACCUGUCUGCAGAUAAGGUUCUUACAGCAGGCUGAGAAGAGGACGAUGCAACAAUUACCAUUUAUAAAGGAUGAUUUGUUUUUUUGUUGUUUUUUUCUUCCAUGUUUACACUUUGUAGUACAUUUCUUUUUUUUUUGUUUUGAUGAGGACCACUAAAAUAAAACAUGGGACAAUGUGAGAUACUGUGUGUAGAUCAGUCAGAUGUUUUUAUUUUUAUUUUUUUUUAUUUGCAAUUCUGUAAAUAGCUGCUGAGCAAUACACCGGGCAUAAAUGACACAAAACCCCAACCGACAAAGUUUAAACGGUGAGGAGACGACAGGAGGGCCGUGAGGUCGCGUCCGGGUGGCCGAGUCUGAGGAUGCGCUCGGGACGUCUUCCUGCUCCGUAACAGCCUGGUCGGGCUCGCAGUUCAGAAGGCUGUCUUUGUUUCAGAAGUGGAAGUAAUUGCAUCAGAAACAGAUCUGCAGGUUUCUUUUUGCCGUUUGCUCGAAAGCACCCUCACUCUCAUUUUUGUCGUGUGAAAAGCAUUCCUGACCACCACACAAGUGGGAUUCUUUGAGACUUAUGUGCCUAAAGGAGUGUUAAUGUGAAUUACCUUUUUUGUUUUUGUUUUUGAUAAACACUUUAGUUUGGGGGGGAACUUGGGAGGGAGUUGAUGUCAACACCAAUUUUUUUUUCUCAUUUUAUCGCCACAGGGGACAUUUUGUUCUAGCAAAUGAAGAGCAUUGGCAUGGGCCGGUGUGGGAUUCUCUCGGUAAAACAACUACAGUAUCGCAAAUUUCAGUGUUUAUGAAGCAGAAUAUGAUCCCUUUUUUUGCAUUUUUUUUUUUUAAUAUAGAGUAACAAUGCUACUAAGCAAGGUGGUGCUAGCUGGGGAGUCAGUGUACCUGCCGUUGGCUUUCAAACAGAAAUGCCACUUGUAGUUUGCCAACUUGUAAGGAAUAAGCAGUGUUAAGCAGUAGUUUAUGAGCAGAGAUACUUUAGUUCCCUUCUUUCAGCCUGCUGGCUGGCGGUGUGUAGCAGCAGUUACGGACAGCCAAGGAAAACUGGUCAACUAAACACUUUCUUUGGUUUGAGUUGAGGUAGGCGAGCAUUGGCUGGUUAGUUGGGCUACCUGCUCAGGUAGCUCACCAAUUUCUCCUUUGGAAAAAGUUCCACACAACCCAUUUUGUCAUUUUAUCGCCACAGGGGACCCUCAAUGCAACACUCAAGAGGAGUGUGCCAGAUGUUAUGGUGAGACGUCAGACGGUCAGUUCCCGAAACUACACGCACGCAAAACUGGUAAAAACCAACAGGAUCAAAAAUAAUUGGACCCCGUCUCUUAAGACUGUGUUAGGGUUAAGGUAGCUGACUGCGUUGCCUUUUUUUUUUCCUACGCUCCAUGGAGAAAAAAAAGCUUUAUCUUUGACUUUCUUUCUUUGCCAUCUCAUUAAAAAGAUCCAAAUGAGAAAAACCAUAACAAGAAAUUAAUUUUUUUUUUUUUUUUUUUAAACCCUGAUAUACCUUGAUCCCGGUAACCGGUCCAUGCCUGGAAGAUGUCGCUGAAGUAUUUGUCCUUCUCGUCGUCUCACGAGGUAGCAAUAGGCUGCUACACUGUGACUGUCUGCGCAUGGGGCGAAGUGGCCCACUUUAGCCUCGCGGUUACACUAAAAAUCGCCUGGCGUUCGCACACGGUUGGUGGGGUGUUGGUGGAACGGUCCCAGGAAAAACAAAAACUUAGUGCACUGUCGAUGUGAACUGCACAUGUGAACCAAGGAGUUAGAUUUACUAAAGAACUAAAUGUUGCGUUUAAGCCAUAUGUGGAUUUUGUGUUUUUUUUGUUUUUGUUGUUACUGUUCUGAUAAGACAACCAAGUCCCUCACUGUUAUUUUUGAAUUGCACCAAGUUUUAGAUCUAACACAGUCGAGUGAAAGCAGAACUAGACUGCUCUACGGAGAAAGCAGAUGUAGCUUCUAGAUUCAUUUUCCUUCCAUCCAAGGGUCAUCCUUCUUUCUUUUCUUUUUCUCCACAUGGCCAUAACACAGUCUUACACUUUCAAAGAUCUGUAACAGUCACUGUAAUAAAUGUAAUGGUGUGAUUCAUCUGUGGUAAUAAACCAUCUCGCCUACGGUUCCCUUA